UAUUGAAAAACAUAGUGAUAAUCACACCUUGAAAGAAGAGCUUUCAGCAGACACUCAUUGCCAAUCUUUCUGAAAGACGAUGGACUCAACUGGAGUUGAUAUGUUGCCAAAAGAAUAUGGUUAUGUUGUUAUAGUUGUUGCCAUCUCCGGUUUCUUUAAUUUCUGGAUGGCUGCUCAAGUUGGCAAAGCCCGCAAAAAGUAUAAGGUUGCUCUACCUGCAAUGUAUGCUUUAGAAUCAGAAAAUGAAAAUGCUAAUCUCUUCAACUGUGUUCAGAGAGGUCAUCAGAACUCCCUGGAGUGGAUGCCUUUGUUCUUGACAUUCAUGACGUUGGGAGGGAUUAAGCACCCUGUCAUCUCCUCAGUUCUUGGUGUUGUUUAUAUUGUUAGUCGUUAUUUCUAUUUUAAGGGAUAUUCCACUGGCGAUCCUAAGAAGCGUCUAUCUGUCGGAAUGUACAGUUUUGGGGCACUGAUCGGACUCAUCCUCACUGCAUUUUCUUGCGGGAUCAAAAUUCUCAUUGCAUGAAAGACAGUUUUCUUUUCACUGAAUCGCGCUAUCCAUGUUGUGCACCCACAGUUGAUUUCUCAAGUUCCUGUGUUAUAGACUUACUUAUAUUUACACUACAAAUGUUACUGAUACUUGGAUGUUUACUAGUUUGGCAUGCCUUCAAAAGGAUCCCACUUAUGAUUUAUCAAUGUAAUCGACAAUACACAAGGGUGGAUUUUAUUAUGAGGCUAAAUUUCACAAA